GUACUGUUAAGUCUUGUACGAGGUUGCGUAAUGGUACCUUGUUACUAGAAACUGAGAGCGCCUUUCAGGCACAGAAACUGCUUCGAGCCACACUCCUGUACACGUUCCCUGUCUUGGUGGAGGCUCACCGAACUUUGAAUUCGUCUCGUGUGGUCUAUACUAGAUCCCUCGACGGAUUGACUGACGAGGAGAUUAUCUUUCCUCGCUGAGCAGGGCAUGACGGCUGUCCAUAGGGUCAUGAAAAAGGUCAACAAUGACCUUGUACCGACCCGGAAACUUUUCUUGACCUUUGAUAGUGUUAAGCUGCCAUCGCGCAUCAAAGCGGGCUACGAGGUUAUUUCUGCUCGCCCCUAUGUCCCGACACCUACGCGCUGCUACCAGUGUCAGCGUUUCAAUCACACUCGACAGUCUUGUUCCAAUUCGGCUAAAUGUGUCACUUGUGGCAGGGAUGCCCAUGAGGGUGACUGUCCACCUCCGUCUCCUCGUUGUGUGUACUGUCAGGGUGACCAUGCAGCAUCCUCCCGUGACUGUCCCGUCUAUAAGGAAGAACGCUGUAUCCAAGAAAUUUGGGUCAAAGAGAAAGUGUCCACCUCGGCUGCUCGCAAGCUAUUGGCUAGUAGGAAGCCCACGCUGCUCCCAGCGGGGAAAUACAGUACUGUCCUCGCCUCUCCUCGGACUACCAGGGAGGAAGCAACCCAGACAUGCGAUCUGACCUUCAGCACCACGGUCGUCCGUUCGGCCAGUGCUAAGAUCGCGCGGUCGACAUCUCCUCUUCCUCCCAUCACCCCACAGACACCAGCCCCUUCAUCAGCUCCUGCUAAGAUGAAGACCCAGAAGUCAGAUGCACGGGCCUUCAAGAAGGAACCAUCCCGUGCAGACUUCCUACGUACCUCGACCUCCCAGCCAUCGACCGGUACUUCCACCAAACGACCUUCCAAGAAGGCUCAUAGGAAGCACAGUUCUCCUUCUCCGCCACGGCGCAUUUCUUCUCCUGCGCCACCCAGCGGUUGCCGCCCCAGGCCGUCAUCCGUUUCGCCUGGCCGCACCGCUGGUAGCCGAACAUCUGGCCGUUCACUGGCGGAGGAAGCUCCCCCUCCCGGCCAUCUUACCAAGAUGGCCGAUGAACCUAUAGAACCAAUGGACGAUGACUGUCCGCCUUCUGAUAGCGGCAGCAGUGCUCGCUCGAAGCCAGGCCUUUGCGGUGACCCCUUCUUUCAUCUUCCUUUUCUUCUUACGAGGGCACUUAUUCACUGGAAUAUUCGCAGCAUUCGCUCCAACCGAGAGGACUUGAAGUUGCUGCUCCGCUUGCACCGUCCGCUCGUCGUAGCCCUCCAGGAAACGAAGCUACGCCCAUGCGAUCAAAUUGCUUUGGCACACUACACCUCUGUGCGUUUUGACCUACCCCCUGUGGUAGGUAUCCCGGCUCAUGGAGGGGUUAUGUUGCUGGUCCGGGAUGAUAUUUACUACGAUCCCAUCAUGUUGCACACCAGCCUGCAGGCAGUUGCCAUCCGAAUUACUCUCCCCACUUUUACAUUUUCCAUUUGUACCGUUUACACUCCAUCGUCGUCUGCCGUUACUAGGGCAGACAUGAUUCAACUUAUUGCUCAGCUACCUGCACCAUUUUUGUUAACUGGAGACUUCAAUGCCCACCAUCACCUUUGGGGCUCUCCAGCAUCCUGCCCGAGGGGCUCCCUGUUAGCAGACCUUUUCAACCAGCUCAAUCUUGUCUGCCUCAGUACUGGCGCCCCUACUUUUCUUUCGGACACAUCUCACAUGUUGGUUCCUACAUAGUAGAUUCGGGGUUUCCAGAAAUGACAUGAUACUCGAGCAAAAAACAUGUUCUAAAAUUCUAUAACAGAUCGAUGUCAAGAGAUAUAGACCUAUAGUUUUGCGCAUCUGGUCGAUGACCCUUCUCGAAAACUGGAAGUAACUGUGCUCUUUUCCAAUCACUUGGAACCUUCCGUUCCUCUAGAGACUUUGAGUACACGGCUGUUAAAAGGGGGGCAAGCUCCUUCGCGUACUCUGUGUAGAAUCGAAUUGGUAUCCCGUCAGGUCCAGUGCACUUUCCUCUGAGUGAUUUCAGUUGCUUUUCUAUUCCUUGGACACUUAUUUCGAUGUCAGCCAUUUUCUCGUUCUUGCGAGGAUUUAGAGAAGGAACUGCAGUGCGGUCUUCCUCUGUGAAACAGCUUUGGAAAAAGAUGUUUAGUAUUUCAGCUUUAGGUGUGUCAUCCCCUGUUUCAAUGCCAUUAUCAUCCCAGAUUGUCUGGAUAUGCCGUUUCGAUCCACUUACUGAUUUAACGUAAGACCAGAACUUCCUAGGAUUUUCUGUCAAGUCGGUACAUCGGAUUUUACUUUAGAAUUCACUGAAGGCUUCACGCAUAGCCCUCCUUACGCUAUCUUUGACAUCGUUUAGCUUCUGUUUGUCUAGAGAUUUUGGCUGCGUUUAAAUUUGCAGUGAAGCUCUCUGCUUUCGCAGUAGUUUCCUAACUUUGUUGUUGAACCACGGUGGGUUUUUCCCGUCCCUCACAGUUUUACUUGGCACAUACCUGUCUAAAAUGCAUUUUAUGAUUGCCUUGAACUUUUUCCAUUAACACUCAACAUUGUCAAGUGUCGGAACAAAUUUUCGUUUUAAUCUGUUAGGUAGUCUGAAAUCUGCCUCCUAUUACUCUUGCUGAACAGAUAAACCUUCCUCCCUUUUUUUUAUAUUCCUAUUUACUUCCAUAUUCAAGGAUGCUGCAACGGCCUUAUGAUCACUGAUUCCCUGUUUUGUGCAGAGUCAAAAAGUUCAGGUCUGUUUAUCAGUAGGUCCGAGAUGUUAUCUCCACGAGUCUGUUCUCUGUUUAAUUGCUCGAGGUAAUUUUUGGAUAGAGCACUCAGUAUAAUGUCACUCGAUGCUCUGUACCUACCACCCGUCCUAAACAUCUGAGUGUCCCAGUCUAUAUCUGGUAAAUUGAAAUCUCCACAUAAGACUAUAACAUGCUGAGGCAAUUUAUGUGAAAUGUAUUCUAGAUUUUUCUCUCAGUUGUUAUGCCACUAAUGCUGCCGAGUUGGGAGGUCGGUAAAAGGAGCCAAUUAUUAACCUAGCUGGUUGUUGAGUAUAACCUCCACCCAUAAUAAUUCACAGGAACUAUCCACCUCUAUUUCACUACAGGAUAAACUACUACUAACAGCGAAAAACACACCACCACCAGUUGCAUGCAAUCUAUCCUUUCUAAACACCGUCUGUGCCUUUGUAAAAAUUUCAGCAGAAUUUAUCUCUGGCUUCUGCCAGCUUUCCGUACCUAUAAUGAUUUCAGCUUCGGUGCUUUCUAUCAGUGCUUGAAGUUCUGGUACUUUACCAACGCAGCCUCGAUAGUUUACAAUUACAAUACCGAUUGCUGCUUGGUCCCCACAUUUCCUGACUUUGCCCCGCACCCUUUGAGGCUGUUGCCCUUUCUGUACUUGCCCGAGGAAUUAUUAUUUAUUUCUCUUCAUCUGUAAGUGCAGUGGUUGCAGACUGACUGACAUUUUGAAACAAGAUCAUUCAUUGGGCCAUAUGAAUAAAACUGAAGCACGAGCUUUGAGCAAAAGGUAGAAGUAAGAGCAUUCACUUGGAAGCAAAAGGUAAAAGCAGAAGCAUUAGCUUCUGAUUGUAAGAAUAACCUUUUUCUUUUCAUCUCUACCUUUUACUUCUAACACAGUUGCAAAAGCUCCUAGCCACCUGCUUGGUACGCAUUGUCAGCAAACCAUUGUUGAGCAAGAGCAGGCUUCAUCACUGUUUCCUUUGCUGUGCGACUGAAUUUCGCUUCAUAUAUUUUAAGUGAGUACUGUCACUUAUCGACUGAAGCUGUCCGAUUCAGAUGAAAGCUCGAUAUGUGCAGAAAGUACAAUGUUUUUAGUCACGACUUUAGAAAAUCAUCCUGAGUUAUUAGAGAAGUCACAACUUCCAGAAGGAAAAAGAAAGAAAGAAGAAGCAAUCCUAAAUGUUAUACAUUCAUUUGAAACUGAUAUCAAAUUGACAGGAAACAGUUGCUAAAGAGAACAGAAAGGGAACCGAUUGUUUUAAAUGUUUGGGAGAAAAAGCUGUACUGCUUGCUACAAGGAGAUGGGAAUCCUACAAUGAACCAGAUACCAGAUGUCACACCUCGUGCUGGC